AUGGGUUUCAUCGCGCCCGGCCAUGGCAAUGAUUAUUGUGUGACAGUUAUCGGUCAAAAUUCAUGUGACAGACAGAGGCCAAAUAGUAUGAAUCCUAUCACUGACGGUUAUAGUUCGUGCUUAAUGUCUAUGAGCCUAGACGGUAGCUCCAACGAUCAGCUCAAGACGCAAUUUGUCACUAGGGAAGGCGUCUACAAGCUAUUGACAUUGGCCACCUAUUCACGUCCUAACCGAAUCGGCUAUAACGUACAAACCAAUAACUCUGUGCACGUGUCGUUCGUUACCUAUUCAGAUUCCAAUGGCCAUGAUGACAGGAUUUGUUUCAACAUUGGACGUGAACUCUAUGUUUUUUUUUACAAAGGAACUAAAAAGGUUAGGUGCAUUGUUUAGUUUUUUUUGUAGAUAUCUAUUUAUAUGAAUUUUACUUAUUUGGGUAUUCUAAAAUAAUGAUAAAAUCAUAAAAAUAUGAUAGGUAGAUACCUAUUCUAAAAGUAAUAGGAAAUAAGAUCCCCUUUGUAAAUGAAUACAUACCACAUACCUACGUUUAAAAAUUAAUGAUGAAUUUAAUAAAAAAAAAAAGCAUAAAUAAAAUAGAAAAUAUUUCACCCAUACUAUAUUAAGUUGAAAAAAAAUAAACAUGGACAAUUAUUAUUACAAUUUUUAAUUGUAUUAUUUAUAACCGAAAAACCCUUAAUAAUAAUAUAGUGUACCUAUGUAUUGUUUUAUUGGGAAUAUAUUUAUCAAUAUAUAUAUAGGAUAUUUUGGAUUUCUAAUUAUUAUACUAUAUACGAUGCACUAAUAAAAUGUAUACUAAGAAAAGAAGAUAGGUACCAAAAUUAAUUGAACCAAAAUCCUAAGACCACAAAUAAGAACUAUAAACUAAAAUAAUACAUUUUUUUUAAAAAAAAAAAACUGUAUAAGUUACCUUUAUAAGCUAAUUUAGAAAUUGCAGAAAAAAAAUAUAAUUACUAUGUUAAAUCCUCGUAUAACCUGUUGUUGAACUAAUAAACAAAUAACGACUAAUAUUUUUCAAUUCGCCUACAGAUUCAUUUAUUUUUUAAAUAAGUAUUAAUUUACAAUGGGGCUUAUUUUUUCCUCUGUUUUUUGAUACAAGAAUUUUUUCCUUCAAUUCAUUCUAAGAGAUAUUUGACGAAAUGUAUAAAUUGUAGGUACAUUAUGUAUUUUAUAUUUAAACAAAAAUAUCAUUAGGUAUUAAUACGUUUAUUUUAAAAAUUUUAAUUUUAUAAUUUUAAUGUGUAUCUAAAUAUUUUUGUAAUUUUUUGUUUUUGUAGGGAGCAGAUUUAACCAAACCUAUUGAUAAAAAAAUAUACAAAGGAAUCAGUCCAACUUGCCAUGAUUUUAAUUCAGUUGCCAUAAAUGAAAAUACAAUACCAUUAAUUGUGGGGUUUUCAAAUGGAUUAAUUCAACUUAUUGAUCCUAUAAAAAAGGAUAUUAAUAUAUUAUUUAAUGAAGAAGUGAGCAUUAAAUAUUUUUAAUAAUUAAGUACACAAAUUUUUUUAGUUUAUCAAUUUGUUUGUUUAAUAUGUAAUAGCUAUGGUAUGCUAAACAAAAUAUAUACAUACAAAUAUAUCUUUAAAUUAUCAAUUAUAUUAAAAUAGUUUUCAUAUUAUAAACAGCAUUUCGAUAGUGAAAACAGGAGUAGCUGGUGCCACUUAGAUAUGAUAAAAAAAAAUAUAAUAAUAAAUCAUUUGCUACAUAAAAAAUGAUAUUUUAAAGUUACUACAAUAAAUAAUUGAUGAUUGGAUGACCGGUUUUUUUGCUAGUUGAAAUCUGUAAAUUGUUAUUAUAGUAAUCCUUUAUUAUCCGCAGAGGUUAUAGAAGUUAGCGAAACCACUUUAAAAAACUAAAUUUAUUAGAAACACUGUACAACUAUCGUAUAAGUUAUUAAUUUAUAAAUAUUUCCAACUCAACUAUGGAUACUGAUGGAUUACUAUAAUACUAACAUUAAAUAACACAAGUGUUAAAAAAAAAUUGUUGGUGUUUAAUUUAUUUUUUCUUUUUUCUUUUAGAAAGUGAUUGAUAAAACGAAAAUCACCUGUAUUAAAUGGGUCCCAAAUUCUAAACAUUUAUUUCUUGUAUCACAUGUUAGUGGAAAAUUAUAUUUGUACAAUGAAACAUUUAGUUGUUGUACAACUCCACCUAUUUAUCAACAAGUAAAAACUGGUGAUGGUUUUACAAUAUACUCAUGUAAAACCAAAAGCACACGAAAUCCAAUUUAUAAAUGGUUAAUUGGUUUUGAUAGUAAUAUCAUUAAUGAAUUUGCCUUUUCUCCGUGCGGUCUUAACUUGGCAGUUGUAACCCAGGAUGGAUUUCUUAGAGUGUUUCACUAUGAUAAAAUGGAAUUGAUUGGAAUGGCACGUAGUUAUUUUGGUGGAUUUUUAUGUGUUUGCUGGUCUCCUGAUAGUCGGUAAAUAAUAUUGUAAUUAAUGCAUUUUAAUAUAUAUACUAUUUUAUAACUUUAAAUUAUUGCUUAGUAUUAUAUUAAUUUCUUUUUGUCUUAAAUUAUUUAAUGGUUAUCUACAAUUAUCUAUGCUACCCUCUUAUAGCUAUCCUCUUAUCUACCUCUGUCAUGAAUUGUUUCAUGUACUCUCAUAUAUCAUAUGUCUUUUAUGAACUUUUAGUUAAACUUGUAAUGCAGUAAAUGUCUUAUAAUUUUUUUUUUAUACUAUACCAUAGUUCUUGUUUUUUUUUUUUUAUUAUUCAGUAUUUCUUUGUUAUUGUUUCUUAUCCAUUUAAUCUUAAGCAUUUUUCAUUAAUGUUACAUUUAAAAAGGCUCUAGUUUUCUUUCUUGUCAAAGUUUUUCUGCCAUAUAAUGUAUACUUAUAUGUACUUACUUACUUACUAUAUAUACUUAUUUAACUUUAUAUGCUACGUGUUAUCCUUUCAGGAACCCUUAUCCUUACCCAUAAAAUCACACUAUUAGUUGUUAGUAGAUUAUUUUUAUCUUGAAAAAUCUUUUUGGUUUGUGUUAUUCUGCCAACUACUUCUAUUUUACUUUGGCUAUCUUCUAUUAUUUUACUUGCAUUUGUGAUACACAUUAACUAUUAUUAUAUUAAUAUAAGGUGAAUAUGGUUUGUUAUGCUAUGUAGUGUAAUUUUUGGGGUAGGGAGGUAAUCCUUUAGUUGCAUUCUAUAUCUAUUCCAUAAUAUAUUGUUUACAUUAACUAUAAUUUGUGCAGGUCAUCUUCUGUUUUUGUACAGAAGGAAAUCUAAAUAUAUUAAUUGAUACUUCAACUAUUUUAACACUUUAACCUAUUUUUUUUUUAUCCAAUUUUUGAUUAUUUUGGUAAUAAUCUUGAAGACAUGAGUCCAAGAUUCUGUAUGCUUUGCACUUCAAUAUUCCUUUAAGUUUUGGAAUCAAUACCCAAAAUCUCUAAUAGGUUUUUCACAUUUUUAUUAUCCAUUAAUUUUUAUUAUUUUUUAAUAUUCUUUUCAUUUUGUUGUGGUUUAUUUAAUAUUUUAAUUUUCAUGUACACCAAAUCAUUCCUUCCUUUUUUAGUAAUUCUACUAUUUUACAUUAUUGAUACUUACCCUUUUUUUUUUAUGUAUUUUAGUUUUGUUACUGUUCAUUUUUUUUAUGUUUUGUAAAAUUACACCUACAUCAUAUUCAUAUUAAAAAUUAAUAUAUAUUUUAGGUAUAUUGUUGUUGGUGGGGAAGAUGAUUUAGUUACAAUAUACAGUAUUUCUGAACAGAGGGUGGUUGCUCGUUUACAAGGACACCAUAGUUGGGUUAAUGUUGUGGCUUUUGAUCCUUAUACAAGUUCUUUACCAUCAAUGGAAUCAUGUUUACCUGGGUGCUACCGACUUGGAUCUGUGGGACAAGACACACAAUUAUGUUUAUGGGAUAUUACUGAUGACAUAUUACGCCAUAUGACAUUAACUCCAGCAACACCUAAACAAAAUGGAGUUGUUCAUUAUACAUCAAAGCAUAAUGGAAAUUCUAGUAAUGAAAAAAAACAAACUCAAGAUCCCAUGCGACUAAUUGGUACAGCUGCUUGUCCGCGAUUUGAUCAGUGCCCACUUCUUGAACCAUUAAUUUGUAAAAAAAUUGCUCAUGAUCGGUUAACUGCCCUAGUAUUUCGUGAAGAUUGUUUUGUAGCAGCUUGUCAAAAUGGAUAUGUUUACACUUGGGCUCGUCCAGGAACAAUUGUUAGUAUAUAUUUUAUUAUAUAAUUUAGUGAACACCAUGUUCUAUUAAUUUGUUUAUUUUUCAGACUAGUUUGAAUGCACAUUUAGUAUCAGAUCCAAACUCAUUAAUUUCAUCAUUAGAAUUAUCUUCAUCAAAUUCAGCAUCAAUAGUGUAA